CUUCUCUAUCUCCAGGUUUUUUAGCAGCAAUGAGCAGAACUAACAAAAAGUAAGACACACACACGAAGGCAUCAGCACAAGCUUAUCCACUUUGGUCGAUCUGUGAGAGCAGCAGAGAAACACGGGGAGUAAAAGAGUGCAGGAAGGAGAAAAGGUGUGUGCGAGGACAGUCGAUGGAUGCUGCCCGGAUUGAAGGGACAGCACAUUCUCAUCUGACGAGGAAAAGAAAGAUUUCAAAAUUGAGUCGAAGGACAGAAACUCGCCGUCAGGCAUGGUGUGUGAGAAGGGCAUUCAGAUCCUUCUCACCAUCGUGGGUGCUUUUGCAUCCUUCGGCCUGAUGACGGUGGCUAUCGGCACUGAUUAUUGGCUGUACUCGCGGGCGCUCAUCUGUAACAGCACCGCCAAUAACACACAAGAGGAUCCCCAUAAUAAGGAGAAGAAGGACCCCGGGGCCUUGACGCACUCUGGCCUGUGGAGGAUCUGUUGUCUGGAGGGGGUGAAGCGUGGCGUGUGCUCCCAGAUCAACCACUUCCCAGAGGACGCAGACUUUGAUCAUGAUGGAGCAGAAUACGUCCUGCGAGUGGUUAGGGCCUCCAACAUCUUUCCCAUUCUUAGUGCCAUCCUGCUGCUAAUGGGAGGAGUCUGUAUCGCAGCCAGCCGUUUCUACAAGAGAAAAAGGAACAUCGUGCUGGGGGCUGGCAUUCUGUUUGUAGCGGCAGGCCUGAGUAACAUCAUUGGUGUGAUAGUGUACAUUUCUGCCGCUCUGGGUGACAUUUCCCCAAAGAAGGAUGAAGAUAAGAAAUGGCAGUACUCCUACGGCUGGUCCUUCUACUUCGGCGGGCUGUCCUUCAUCCUGGCUGAGAUGGUGGGCGUGUUGGCAGUAAACAUCUACAUCGAGAAGAACAAGGAGCUCCGCUGUCGCUCUCGCACCGAUAUCUUUAAGAGCACCACUCACGCCAUGCUACGGCUCCCAAGCUACCGCUUCCGGCGCAGAUCACGUUCCAGCUCUCGAUCCACAGACCCCUCCCGCUCACGAGACCCCUCUCCCGUGGGUGGCCCACCAGGGGGGAAGAACUUCGGAAUGCCCCCGUCUGCUUUACUCUCUCAGGGGUCCAUAUCUGUGUCCACUCUACCCAACCCUCACUCCCGUUCCGCUCUGCCAGGGGGCGAUAUUUCCCUUUACACCCUCUCUCGAGACCCCAAACUGGGUGGUUUGGGAGGUCUGGGCGCCCCUCCGCUGUACGGCACAGUGGACCGCGCCACGCUAUACCAGCUGCACAACUGCUUCCCGAAAGAGAGCGGAGGGAGCGGAGGAAGCAUUAUGAUAACUGGGACACUGCCCUCGCUCAAAUCCCACAAUCCCUCAGCUGUCCAAAAUUCUUCCAACUCCAACGCACCACUCAGCAACUCCGUCCCGUCCUCGCAGCCUCCACCUUUCUCCUCCUCUACGGUGGAGCGGGAACGAGGGAUGGGAACACUGGAUAGGCUAGGAAAAGGUGACAGAGAGAGCAACUCCAACACGUUAAAUAGAAAAACUACACCAGUGUAG